AUGGCUCUUGAACUUAAACUUCCAAUUUCCUCGCAUUUCACGGGACGUCUUACCUAUCGGGGUACAGAUAGGUUCAGAUAUAUCAAGGCCAAGUUUACUGAGAUGGAUUUGGUUGACACAGUGAAGGCUAGUCCUUUCGGACACUUUUGGGAAGCUGGAGAGUUGACUUUCUCCGGCGCGUUGGUCCACAGCCUCCUCUUACAAAAAAUGAAAGUGGACACAGAAAAGGAGGAUGAGUGCCCUACAGACGAGGAAAUACACGCUAAGUCCAACGACCAUCUAGUUCGGACUUAUUUUGAAGGGAAGAGUUCUGUUCAGUUGGACUCCCUUAUGCUCCAACUUGAGAGGUGCGAAGAUAAAGAUGAUGCCUACAAGCUUGGACUGAUCGCUUUCAUUGAAGGUGUAUUAGUAUCAAAGGAGGGCAAUGUCCAAGUUUGGCCUGAGAUGUUGAAGUUUGUUAACGAUCUCGAAUUCUUCUUUAAGUAUCCGUGGGGCGAGCGCGCUUUUCGUAAGCUGAUGGAGACAUUAGGAAAGAAUAUGCAACAUUACAAGGAUAAUGUUGACAAGAAGAAGGGGAAGAAGAUUGCUCAGGAGGCAAAGUACACUGUUAGUGGCUAUGUACCUGCCUUUCAGUACUGGGCAUACGAAGCAAUUGAGAAGUUGGGGAAGAAGUAUGCCCACUGCAACGGGACCAAGUUCCCCAGAAUGUUGAGCUGGAAAACACCGGAGGGCCAGCGGAAACAAGAUGUCAAGGCAACCGACAUUGCACUGUUAUUCAACAGUCGGUUGGUGGUGAAGAAGUGCUUGUUUCCCCGGCCCAGUGAAGAGGCAUACUUCAAGAGUAUUAAUGAGGGUAAAGCUCCUCUUUGCUUUGAGAUGGAUGUGGAACAAACGGUGGACGUUGAUGGUACACAGGAGUCUGUGUUUGAAACUCAAGCGAAGACCAUCAACGAGGCCGUGACAAAGGCAAAUUUAGUUCCACCACCACCGGCACCUGAAGUACACGAGCCAUCUACUUCAGCAGGUCCUUCUGCUCCAACCAGUACAACUGUGGACACUGACCUUGCAAAGAGGUUGGAUAGCAUUGAGGCCCGGCUGGAGAAGCUUGAGUCCCAGCAGGAAGCCGUCAUGUUGGCACAGACGGGGUUAGUAAAUAGCCAUCUCAGUAUGAGGCGGUCCUUCACAGAGAGUUAG